AGCAGCCCACAACUGCUCCCAAGCUCAGUCCAGGAGAAGAAGCACUUUAUGCCAGGAUAGCAGCUCCUCUCACUUCCCAUACUAGCAAAUAGACUGCCUCUUGGCACCCGUCUCUGGUCUCAGCCACUGAAAGCACUUGGCUUCGAAAGAGAAAGCCCAUCUCUCCAAAUGGCAAGGCUUCUGGAUUUCAGCCUCAACCACUGUUUGGUCACGUUAUUCCUCUCUGUGUCCCUGAGCCAGCUGACCUUUGCCCAGGAUGAUGGGCUUCCAAAGCCACAUCAAGAUGAUGGAACCACCACUCCCAAACCCGUGGUCCGCCUAGUAAGCUCCAAGAAGAAUCCCCGCGAGGGGCGCGUGGAGAUUUUCCACAACUCGGAGUGGGGCACCGUGUGCGAUGACGACUUCUCCAUCUACAAUGCACACGUGGUCUGCAGGGAGCUUGGCUACGAGGAGGCCAUCUCCUGGUUCCCUGGUUCCAAGUUCGGCCAGGGAGAAGGCAGAAUUUGGAUGGACAAUGUCUACUGUACCGGCACAGAAACAUCAUUAGCUCAGUGUAAAUCCAAUGGCUGGGGUGUCUCAGACUGCAGACAUACUGAGGACGUGGGUGUCCUUUGCAGUGACAAGAGACUCCCGGGCUUCAAAUCUUAUGACAACCAGAAUAAAAAUAUCCACUUGGAAGACACUCGGCUGCGGGCCAUCCUGUCUCACUAUCGCAAGAGCAUCCCGGUCACCGAAGGUUUUCCAGAAGUGAAAGAAGGAGGCGUCUGGAAGCAGAUCUGUAAUGUAAAGUGGACCCAGAAGAAUUCUCGCGUCUUCUGCGGCAUGCUUGGGUUUCCCAGCGAGAAGAAGUACAACCUCAAAGUUUACAAGAUAGCAGCAUACAGAAGAAAAUACAACUACUGGGCUUAUUCCGUGGACUGUACAGGCAACGAAUCCCAUCUCUCCAGCUGCAAACUGGGCCCGGCUCAGGUGAAUGCUACCUGUCAGUAUGGGAUGCCGGUGGUGGUCAGUUGCAUCCCUGGACGUGCGUUUGCUCCCAAAGGUUACUACGGUUUCCGCAAAGCCUUCUGGCCAAAGCCCUCACUGGUGAGGUUAAAGGGUGGCCCCAGCGAAGGAUCAGGCCGCGUGGAAGUGCUGAUGAACGGGCAAUGGGGAACUAUCUGCGACGACAACUGGAACCUUCUAUCGGCCAGCGUGGCCUGCCGAGAAAUGGGCUACGGGUCUGCCAAGGAUGCUGUUUUGGGGGCAGGAAUGGGGCAAGGCAUGGAUCCCAUUCAUUUUGGAGAGGUGGAUUGUACAGGGACAGAAAAGUCCAUCACCGAUUGUAAAUUCAACACCGAGACAAGGAGUUGUACCCAUGCACAAGAUGCAGCUGUGAUAUGCAAUGUCCCAGAUAUGGGCUACCAACACCAGAUACGUUUGAUUAAUGGCCGCACGUAUAAGGAAGGCCUGCUGCAAGUCUCCCAGAUUUACAACGGCACACAGAAAUGGGGGACAGUCUGCGGCGACAACUGGGGCAUCCUGGAAGCCAUGGUGGUUUGUCGACAGCUGGGCCUGGGCUAUGCUGACCGAGCUUUCGAGGAAUCCUGGUACUGGCACACAGAAAACACCUCCAGUGUUGUUCUGAUGAGUGGGGUGAAAUGUAAAGGCACAGAGAUGAGCCUGUGGCACUGCCGCCACGAUAAGCAUGUGAAUUGCCCCAAGGGAGGCGGAGGCUAUUCCGCAGGAGUGUCCUGCAAAGAAGCUGCCCCAGACCUUGUCGUUGAUCCCAAGGCAGUGGAGCAAUCUUCCUACCUCGAAUUCCGACCAAUGUAUAUGCUGACAUGUGCCCAGGAGGAGAACUGCUUGUCUUCUUCGGCCGCCAAUGCGUCUAUGGAUGACUACAGGAUGCUCCUGCGUUUCUCUUCCAGGGUCAUGAACAUAGGAACUGCCGACUUCCACCCCAAGAAUGCACGCAAUGCGUGGAUGUGGCACGAGUGUCACAGCCAUUACCACAGCAUGGAGGUGUUCACACAUUACGAUCUCUUGGACCUCAAUGAUACCAAGGUGGCUGAAGGACACAAGGCCAGCUUUUGCCUAGAAGACACAGGCUGUGCAGACGGAAUCGAACCUCAGUAUGGAUGUAGCAAUUAUGGGGAGCAAGGGAUCACCGCUGGGUGCCACGAUACAUACCAUCAUAGUAUUGACUGUCAGUGGAUCGACAUGUCAGAUGUCAAGCAUGGAGAAUAUAUCUUACGGAUCAAUUGCAAUCCAAACUAUGAAGUGUCGGAGACGGAUUUUACCAACAACGUUAUGAAAUGUAAAUGCAACUACGAGUCUGACCGCGUCUGGGUGUACAACUGUCAUACAGCCAACUCCUACAGCGACUCAAUAGAAGAGAAAUUUAAUCACCACAAAGGACUGAUGACCAACCUGGUGUCUUAAUCCAGUUUUUAUGAAAUAUGACGUUGCCCUUUCCCCCGUGAUCUCCCAAACCACUGCUCAGAAAAGAAAGUAAUCAACCAAACAACUACGAACUUUUCAAAUUAGCUUUGUAAGUUAUUUUCAGGGGUGUGUUCGGUGCCUAUUUUUUGGUGUUCAGCAGCAACAGAAGUAAUCUUGACUCUCUAAGGUAGUCAUUGCACGCUCUCCGGCCACCUUGGUUUGCCACGACAAAGGCAGCAGCACCACCUCGUGGACAAACCCACACAAAGGAUGUCUGGAGUUUCCAAGUUAUGACUUCCCCCCAUCCCACAAAGGAACUUCUUCCACAACUUCACAUUCUGUCUUAGUAGGACUUGAAGGUCUCGCUCAACACUACGGGUGCAGGAUGAAAGACCUGUGGAAGUCCUCGGAGUCUAUGAAUUUUCCUGGACGGACAUCACUUCUCCAAAUUUUCUCCAAGAGCACCUUUUAUGGCUUUGACCACAGGUUUGAUAACAGCACUAUGGGGAAACAUUGCUCAAUGCAUUCCCCAUAUCUUGGUUUCCAAAGCCACUAGACUGUGAAUUUUAACGCCGUUGCCCCAUUUCAAUGCCUUCUCCCAUUCCAUAUUCCGUACUAUAAUGGAAUGACAUUAAUUUUUUUUUUGCAAAAAUACUCUAGUGUUGUGCUUGUGCCACUCAAACUAGUCCCCUCUGCCUCCCAUUUCGCCAGGCUAUCCUUUGAUUUCAUUUUGUGGAUACAUUACUAAACGCCUAACGGUGCUAAGCACAUGUACCUCUGUUUGUUUGAGGUCAUCGUUGCUAUAAAGGUCCACAACUACUUGAAAAUGCUUUUUAUCAAACAACAUGUCUAGGGAAACAGAAAACAGUGGUACAAGUUGUCUAUUUCCAAUAAGCAGAGCCAUUUUUGAUUUUCCACUUUUGUCGCACGGUUAAAAAGGAGGGAUUGGAACGUUGGAGUCACUUAGAUUUGCUUCGCUAGAUCAGAAUUUUUCUUUCAAAACAUGAUGUUUCGAAAGUCAGAAACCUAGAGGCUCUUUGCAUGCUCAGAAGACACAAAGAAGAAUCUGUUUUUCCUAAACCCUUUGUUGUGAGCUUUACCGCCUCUGUCCCUGGAUGCUCUGUUUUAGCGAACAGGGUUACUAAUUCAUGCCAGACAAAGUUUCUGACCAUGUAUAUAUUGGCACUAUUGGUAAUGCAAUUCACAGGGUACUAAAAGCUUAAUCAGAGAACCUUAAAAGGAAUUAUGGCUUUCUCUUCUUCAGAAGCUAUUACAUGGCCAAUUUUAUCUUAUGCUAAAUGUGGGGAAAGCAAUAAUCCCUGGCCAGACAUCUACACACAUACACACACAAAGUAAAACAGGUGCAAGAAUUGGCUAGACUAACUUAAUGGGAGAAUACUAACCAAUACUAACUUUCCUGCCAACCUAGCAGUUCGAUCCUGCCAACCUAGCAGUUCGAAAACAUGCCAAUGUGAGUAGAUCAAUAGGUACCGCUCCAGCGGGAAGAUAACUGUGCUCCAUGCAGUCAUGCCGGCCACAUGACCUUGGAGGUGUCUACGGACAUGGAGGUGUCUACGGACAACACCGGCUUUUCGGCUUAGAAAUGGAGAUGAGCACCAACCCCCAGAGUCAGACAUGACUGGACUUAACGUCAGGGGAAAACCUUUACCUUUACUAACCAAGAAAGCUGUACAAAGUACUUUGCUGACUUUGAGUGCAUCCUGAGUUACGUUUCCUAUCCAAAUGUUUUGCAUUCAUGUAGAAAACGUUCCAUAUCUGUUCAUAUCACCAUGUAUAACCUACCUCAAAGGGCUGUUGGGAACUAAUGGUCAUGCCAUGCAACUGUGCUUGGGCUUUCCAAGUUCUGCAAUGGGUUCAGGAGAAAAAGCUAGCACUUUGGCAAUCCCCCCACCCUAUAUUGCUGCAAUGUAUGAAAACAGGAGGACCAAUGGUGAACAGCCCAAAUCCUACUCUGGAGUUGCUACUAUAUGAAUAGUGGUACAGAGGCAGGAAAGGCCUAGAUGGCUACAAUACCACUGCAGCAGAUAGACUUCUUCCUAAGUGAUCAAAGAUGAUUGAGAAGCCCAGACGUGGUCUGCAGCUGAAUGGCUGCCUCGACAUCUGACCACAGCAUAGCCAGUUCCACUUUGUCUCCCAAAAGUAAAACAGAACGGGGAAUAUUUGAUGGGAGUGAAACUAUUGCAACCGGAUACCAACCAAGGUCUGCCUUCAGCCAUUCCUGGCCUUUGAUUUCCCAUUUAGCUGUAGAAGAGUUCUUCUAUCCAUAAUAAUAAUAAACUUUAUUUAUAUCCCGCCACCAUUUCCCCGAAUGGACUUAUUGAUCAUGCAACUGUUCAAUUCAGUCAUCUAAGGAAAGGCUUUUGAGUCUCAAGAUUCAUAUCUCUUGAGUGGUCACCACUCACUAGGUGACAUUGCCACACUCUUUUCUUUAUAUUAAUAGCAAUGAGAACAGAAGCUAGCCUUCUUGUCUGUUUGAAUAAUCCCUGACUGCAUUUAGCUGAAGCCAGAGUCCGAGUUUGGAAAUGUUAUGGUAUCACAAUUCCUAGAAGUCUUCUAACCUAUGAGGAAUGGUGGGAUUGUGGUACCCCAAAGCAGCAUUUCCAACUAAUCUAUCCCACAACAAAUGCAAGGAUUCAGCUGUGGAGUAAGAGAUGUAGAUAAAUGCUUCAUCACCAUGUGCCAUUUCCAAACCAUGGCACGACCACAAUUCACCCCCACAAUGUUACGUGUUCGUUUGGAUUAUUUAAUGGCAGAAAUGACAAACUGACCAACCUACCCACAAUGGAUCAAACACUACGAUCCAGAAGGGAUCCAUGUCUGGACCUACUGAAAUGAGUGAGCAUGAGAUAAAGUCCUUGUUAAAAUCCAGCAGGUAAAAACAAUGAGGCUUUGAAAAAAAAACCAGUGUGUAUUUAUGUAAACAGUUUUAAUGCGAAAAACCAAAACCAGAGGGGAAAAACCUCCUUAACAAACUUUGAGUAAAGAAGGUAUUGAACGGA